AGUCUAGAAAGAGCAAAAUGGGCUGUUAUUACACAACAUAGCAGUAUUACAGAUUGUUUAUCUUGACCGUGCCCUUCAGUGAUUGUGCCCUUCUAUGAUUAUGCGCAGAAGCGGUCAGAAGGUAGUCUAGAUCUGUAUGGAGAUGGAGCGUGCACACUACAGUUCCCGACAUCCUAUCUCGGCAAUCGCUGUUCUCCUCGCAUGUUUACGCAUGAGGCGCUUCUGCAGUGAGCUACUGGAUAUUGAUGUGCUUUAAUGUGUCCCCUCUCCUCCCUUCCUCUUACCUCUCCUCCCUCUCCGCUCUGUGUCCCAUAGAGACUCAGCGCGCUAAGAUGCACUUGGCGUAGAAACAGCAGCGUGAGCGUCUCAAUGCAGGGGCAGCAAGAGCACCCCGAUGGCCACCAGCACAAGAGACUGCGCUAAGCAGACGACCAGCGCGCACUUUCAUCUGUGCUUCUCAACCCCGAACCUCCUCUAGCGAAGAGAGAGGUGCCCAAAUCCGUUUUAGGAUAUCGCGUUUUUUUUGUCCCUCUUUCUCUCCAUUGAUAAAGAAGAACUGAUGACGAUGUAUCGGCGAUGGUGGAUUUCCCUUUUGUGCGUCUAUGGACUGAUGUGCAUCGUUCAUUCCAGCAAUCAUAUGCCUCGAAAUGGAGACGCCUUGUCGCAGGCGAAGGCUGUUCGUGAUGCGAGCAGGUUCGCGGAGAAGGAGGACACGGUCCCGCUCCGUCUGCUCUACAGCAUGCACAACCACAGUCAAAUCUCCCACGAUGUCAUCAGCACCAGGACUAGAGCCAGUUCCAGCCCCACACAGGGGAACCACGUGGCCCAAGCCAGCUUCCAGGUGGACGCGUUUGGUGAGCAGUUCAUCUUGGAUGUUGAACUGAACCAUGAUCUUCUGUCUUCAAAGUACGUGGAGAGGCAUAUUUCAGAAAGUGGAAAGGCUGUCAUCUUCAAAGGAGGAGAACAUUGUUAUUACCAGGGGAUAGUGCGGGGCAUCCCUGAAUCCUUCGUGGCCCUCUCCACCUGCCACGGCCUGCAUGGGAUGUUCUUUGAUGGGAAUCACACCUACAUGAUCGAGCCUGGAGGAAAGGACCGCGUCAGCGGUGAUGUUCAGAUCCACAUGAUCUAUAAAUCAGCAGGAGAAGAGGCAGCAGCUUACUUCCUUCCUAAUGUUGACCUCCCAGAGCCUCCUUUCCCCAGCCCUCCAUUUCCUGGGUCAAAGGUCAUCCACAGGAGGAAGAAGAGACAGGCCCCGCGGGUUGGAGGCAGUGUGGCCGAGGAGACCAAGUACAUCGAGCUGAUGGUGAUCAACGACCAUCUGAUGUAUAAAAAGCAUCGUCUCUCUGUUGGUCAGACGAAUAACUACGCUAAGUCUGUGGUCAAUAUGGCUGAUAUGAUCUUCAAGGAGCAGCUCAACACCCGCAUCGUGCUGGUUGCCAUGGAGACGUGGGCGGCUGACAACCGGUUCAACAUCGACGACGACCCCAUGGUGACCUUGAGGGAGUUCAUGAAGUACAGACGAGACUUCAUCAAGGAGAAGUGUGACUCCGUGCAUCUUUUCUCAGGGAACCGGUUCCAUAGCAGCUGGGGAGGAGCUUCCUAUAUGGGAGGAGUCUGUUCUCUAACUAAAGGAGGAGGAGUCAACGAGUAUGGCAAGACAGAUGAGAUGGCCAUAACCCUGGCCCAGUCUCUGGGACAAAACAUUGGCAUCUUUUCUGACAAGAAGAGGAUCCUCAACGGUGAGUGCAAGUGUGAUGACCGUUGGUCUGGCUGCAUCAUGGAUGAUGUUGGCUUCUACCUGCCCAAGAGGUUCUCCAACUGCAACGUGGAGGAGUACCAUACCUUCCUCAACAGUGGUGGUGGAGCCUGUCUCUUCAACAAACCCAUAAAGCUGGUUGACCCUCCAGAGUGUGGGAAUGGUUUGGUGGAGCCAGGGGAGGAGUGUGACUGUGGCAGCCCAGCGGAGUGCGAGAGGGAGGGAGAGAAGUGCUGUCAGAAGUGUACACUCACACAAGGCUCAAAGUGUAGCGACGGACUCUGCUGUAACAACUGUCAGAUGGAUUUUAUGGGCGUGGUGUGUAGGGAGGCAGUGAAUGACUGUGAUAUUCCAGAGAACUGCACUGGUAACUCCAGCCAGUGUCCCCCAAACGUGCACAAGAUGGACGGCUACUCAUGUGAAAAGGAACAGGGUCGUUGCUUCAACGGGAGGUGCAAGACCAAAGACAGACAGUGCAAGUACCUGUGGGGAGAGAAGGCGACCGCUGCUGAAAAGUUCUGUUAUGAGAAGUUGAACAUCGAGGGGACAGAGAAGGGGAACUGUGGGAAGGACAAAGACACAUGGGUCCAAUGCAACAAGCAAGACGUGCAUUGUGGGUACCUGCUAUGUUCCAACAUAUCGCCGGCCCCCCGACUAGGAGAGUUGCAGGGGGGACUGACGUCCUUCUCUGUUGCACAGCACAGCGCCUCGCUGGACUGCAGUGGCGGUCAUGUGAUGAUAGACGGGGACAGUGACCUGGGCUAUGUGGAGGAUGGGACAGCCUGUGGGACAGAAAGGGUCUGCUUCAACCACAAGUGUCUGCCCCUUCAGGAGUUCAACUUCAGCACCUGCCCUGGAACCACCGAGAAGACCAUCUGUUCUGGACACGGGAUUUGUAGUAACGAGCUGAAAUGUGUGUGUCACUUGGGUUGGACUGGAGACGAUUGUAACGCCACAUCUCCUCUCAGCUACCUGGUGGUUGGACCCACCGCCUCUGUAUCAGGUAUCACCAGUACUAACAUCAUCAUCGGAGCCAUCACUGGCUCCAUUCUGUUCCUGGCUCUCAUCCUGGCCAUCACCGCCUGGGGAUACAAGAGCUACAGACAGCGGUGCUACGUUGAGUCAGAGGUUCACAGAAGAUUCUGCAGGCAAAUGCCUCCGGGGGACUAUGUGAAGAAACCCGGCGAUGCAGACUCGUUCUACAGUGACCUGGCCCCUGGGGUCAGCACCAACUCAGGCUGUAGCUCCAAGAAGAGGUCUAACGGUCUGUCCCACUCGUGGAGCGAGCGAAUCCCUGACGCCAAACACAUCUCUGACAUUUGUGAGAACGGGCGACCCAGGAGCAACUCAUGGCAAGGAAAUCUGAGUGGAAAUCGCAAGAAGUCGAAAGGGAAGAAGUUCCGUCCUCGCUCCAACUCUACAGAGACGCUCUCCCCGGCGAAGUCGCCCACCUCCUCCACGGGGUCCAUUGCAUCCAGCCGGAGGUACCCUUACCCCAUGCCCCCCCUCCCCGACGACCAGAGGAAGGCCAACAGGCAGAGUGCCAGGCUGUGGGAGACUUCAAUAUAACACUCCUGUUAUCUACUCUGCAAAACUACUUAAGAACUACAUUUUCGUCCACUUUUCUAUGAAUUAAAAAAUACAAAGCAAAACAAAAUGACGAAAAAAGUGAGCAACUGGUAUGAGCGGAAAAUAGAAGCGGAGGAAGAUGAAGAGGAGGGUGUGAGAGUGUGUGAGAAUGUGUGAGAGUGUGUGCGAGGUCCGUCAGAGCUGACCUGCUCAGUAGGGGACGCUACAGCCAUCUGUCAUUCCUACACUGACAAGCCAAGACAGAACGAGGCAAGACAAGAUCCCUUUCAGAUUAGUUGGAGAUCCACCAGAGAUCAGCCCUUCACUCAUUGGUGAGGAAAAAGCAAAGCUGUUGUGAUGGUAACGGUGCAGACAGAGAGGAGAGGCCUCGUUGGGGAUGUCUCCCCCACUCCCAACACCCCAACAUCCCCCCAGCUUCCACCACACUCUUCUAGCUCCUCCCUCAAACUGUCCCACCUUACCUUACUCACCUCUCCCCCCAACCCCCCUCUAGCCCUGCCCCCAUGUAAACUCUCUCCUCUGAUUGGUGCUCCUCUCUGUUGAGGGGCGCGGACAGCUAUCAUAUCGGCAGAUUUCUUUACCAUUUUGAAGCACGCUGUUUAAUUACUGUAGAAAACUCCAACACUGUAUGCAUGAGAACCCCCUGUUAAUCAACUCUUCCUAGUGUCAUAAAGAAGAAUUCUGGGACGGACAGCAUGCGGGGGAUGGUGAUGUCAUACGUACUGUAGGCCUUUAAGCUUUCUUUACAUUAUAGGCUUCUUCUAUCUCUGUGAUCAGCGACUCAUUAUGAACUGCAUCACACAUUAUACUAGCCAACUGCCCCUGACAUGGACCCUAGACCCUAGCCACUCCCUGUUCUCUUUCUUUCGCCGUGUUAGGUUUUCCUGAGGGAUCUAGUUAUCGUUGUAAAUAUGUACAGCUUAAAGGCAGAGUCAUGUGUGCUUUUCUUUUUGACUUACUGAGAGGUGAAUGAUGAAGGGAUGCUCCCCCUCUUCUCUACUCCUCCUGCGGUGGUUCGUGUUAUAGACAGACAGGGUCUCCGUAGGUCUUUGUAGAGACCCCGUACUUGUUUUUUCUGUCUGUUUCUCUCUUUUCAUUUCUGACUGAACUCUCUUCUCUCCCGUGUGGCUGUGUGAACACUCCAGCUUUCUUUUUCUUCCACAGCAGAAUGUACAAACAGUGUUCUAUAUUUCCUCUUUGUGUCAUCCCUUUCUCUGAGUAAUGCACACUCAGUCACAGCCCGUCAUUAUUAAGACAGUAAACUUAAGAAUGUCAUUGAUUUAUAACAUUACUGAGCAUUUUAUCCAUUUGGAUAUUGAUAACGGUGAAUAUGAUUUGAACUAAGAUAGUCCCAUGAGCCCUUCCUCGCUACAAAGGGGAGAGAACAAGUGUUUUUUUGUAGUUUUAGAUGUGAUAUUCAUGUUCAUGGUUCAGGCCAUGGUGGUUUAGAGAAGUUGGAGAAAUGUCCUGUGACUAUAAUCAUCCCACACUACGGUCUGUGUGUACAGCAGGGACAGACUGGCCAUCUGGCAUUUUGGGCAAAUGCAAGAUGGCCUGGUCCAUUUUUUACACAGUGGGCCUGUCUUACUUAUUUUUUGGGGGGGCAAAAUGAUAAUUAUCUUGCUAAUAAUGGGGGCCUCGAGGAAAGAAAUGGGCCGUUGUGUUUAAAAUGCCAGAGCCGAUUUCUGGUCCCAGUCCGCCCCUGGUACACAGUGUAAGACCAGACAUAACAGAUAGAUACAACUGGAACCGACAACGCCACUGAGAUCCAACUGGACAAUGUGGGAAUAACAAUGUGGAAACUGAACAUUGUGUCAGAUGAAUUUGGAUUUGGGAUUUGUUUGGAUAAAAUUACUAAAAUGUGCAUUUUUGCUUUUGUUUUGUUUCCUACUGUAAGUUUGCCCUGCUGUCUGUAAAUGAUGAAGUGUCCUGUACAGUGCUUGCUGUUUGAGAUUUAUAAGACCAACAGAAUGACAAUGGAUCUACUAGCUAGCACACUAUCGCUGUUCUGUAGUAAUCUGUCUGUGAGGCUGUAUUACGAAAUAAGCAUGUCAUUGAAAUACUUUUUCCUUGAUUGCCAAUUGCUGUUAUCUUCUUGGAAUUUCAUACCACAAACCCCAUUCCAGUAGUGAACAGGUUUUCAACAUAAUCAACCAAGUCUCAAACAUUUUCAUGAAUGGCCCGAGGAAUCUAGUGGUUUAAAUGUGGCUUAAGAUUCAGGUUCAGGUUCUUACCUACUCAGAGUAGGAUAAAGUGUCCCUAGUCACUGAUCCAAGGUCAGUUUUGUAUCUUACCCCCCUGAUGGUAAAUGUUGUGAAUUGGGGAGUGGAAAGCUGAUCUUAGAUCUGUGGCUAAAGGGAAACAUAUUUGUACAGAAGUCACAACCCCCAUCCUGUAGUUACUGUACUGUCCAUAUCAGUUAAGCCUGCUGUAUGUUACCUGCGUAUGCUUAAGUUUAAAAUGUGGGCACUGAUCGUUUUGAUUUUCUACUGUAUGCACUAUAGAUAUUAAGAUCACCACAAUAUCACAUUAAUAUUGCUACUGUAUGACAAGUCUCAAGUAUUUUUUUUUACUCUUAAGUUCCUUUUAUAUGUUCACUUCUCAGUGUUGUGUACAGCCGUUAUUCAGACAGACCAACUGCAUUAUUGUUCUUCUGUGCGUUGAGUGGAAUGGAGAUAUGAUUUUAGUUUUUUAAAGCACACACUAGUCUCGGACCGCUCUGGCAUGUGAAGAUCUGUACGUGUCUUCUAUGGUAUGAGGAUGGGAUGCAGCUAUGGCAACAUGGGGUGCAUUAUGCUAUAGAGAUCUGUGCAGGUGAACGCAUGUUGACUAAAGCUCUCAUCAUCACUCUUGUCUUAUUUCAAUUACGAUAUGAUUGGCUGGUGCUUAGUAACUUGAGAUUUGACCAAGGGAUUCCCUAGGCCGUGGUAAUAUGAAAAUAAAGGAUCAUACUUCUCAAGCAAUAUUUUAAAUAUUAUACUGUCUUAAUUCUGACAUCUAUGAUAAUUUACCUGCAGGUCAUAGGAUUGAGGUAUAUUAGACGUUAGGAUGGUGGCAGGUGGAACCUGUCCAGGUAACAAGAUGUAACUUGUCUGAUGUGUGUUAUCUGUAUUAGUGGCUUGACUGACGGAACCCAACCGGACCCACAGAGAAACGUCCAAACGCACACAAAGUAUGGACAGAUUCUUAAAUGUAUCAAUACAACCAAGCACCAACCACCCAGCCGUAGCCUGUGGAGAAGUAGGUUAUAUCAGGCCUCUGAACGCACCAUGCAGUCUACUGAGAAGUAGGUUAUAUCAGGCCUCUGAACGCACCAUGCAGUCUACUGAGAAGUAGGUUAUAUCAGGCCUCUGAAUGCACCAUGCAGUCUACUGAGAAGUAGGUUAUAUCAGGCCUCUGAACGCACCAUGCAGUCCCAUCCUGCUGCAGUAUGCUCCUACUGCGACCUUAACUUUCAUAUGUACCGCUACAAAAUCUAUAUACAGUGGGUUCCCAAAUGAUUGACACCCUGCAUAAAGAUGAGCAAUAAUGAUAAUUCAAAUACUGAACUAAAUUGUAUGUAACAAAACUGGGAAAUUAUAUUUGAUAAAAAUACUUUUGCUCAGAGAAAGAUCCACCUCAAAAGGUUAGGGGUCAGAAUGAUUGAAACGCCAAAGGGUUCUUAUAAAGAAGUCAAAAGUUUCAUAUUCGAUCCCAUAUUCCUACAGCACACAAUGACUACACCAAGCUUGUGACUCUGGUCCCAUAUACCUACAGCACACAAUGACUACACCAAGCUUGUGACUCUGGUCCCAUAUACCUACAGCACACAAUGACUACACCAAGCUUGUGACUCUAAAAACUUGUUGGAUGCAAAAACAAAACAUGUCAUUGUGUGCUGUAGGAAUAUGGGACCAAAUAAACUUCUGACUGACUUUAUUUCUAAGAAUCUUUAGGGGUGUCAAUUUUGACAUUCCUUUCUGAGAAAAAUAAGUAUUACUUGUUAAACAAUCUUUCACUGAGCAACUGUAUUAGUAUAAAUCAAUCGUUUCCCCCCUUUAAAAAAAAUACAAUAUAGCUCACUAUUUUAAUUAUUUCAUACAAUCAUUAUUGCUCAUCUUUAUGGAGGGUGUCGAUCAUUAAGACCCCACUGUAUAAUUACUGCACUUUUCUUUUACUGUAUGCUGUACAUAGACUGAUAAUGCAAAAUCAAUGCCCAUAUUUUUCUUACAAUAUCAUUCAGUAUUGUAAUAUAUUUAAUAUAAAAUAAAACUUUCAUCUUUA